GGCCAUGACUUUCUUGCAGUUUGUGGCGGCUUAUGGGUUGUUCUCUGAAUUGACAGAUAAUGAGAUUGUCACUUUCUCUGCCAUGGCUGCUGCUAAUGAUGAUCUUCCCGAGCUCUACCGAAGUAUCGGUUUAACGGAGAAAGUCCCAGGUCUUAUUCAGAAACUUGUUGACAGGUUGGCAAGACAUAUUCGGGCUUGUCAAAUAUAUUUUGAGUUCAAUCUUGCGGAUAAGAUUCCACCGAUUCCCAUUUUGAAAGCUCACGUGAAUGAAUCUCAGAAACUUGCUAAAAAACUUUCUGAGGAAGGGAAGUCACUAAAUGAAAUCACAGCCAGAGAAGUCCAUGCUCUGAAAUCGGCAAUCAAGGUUAUUGAAAGUCAUAAUCUUCAAUCGCAAUAUCCACCUGAAAGCCUUCAACAGCGUUUAGAACAAUUGACGAAGCAAAAGGCAAAUUUAAAAUAUGCUGCAUCGGCUUUUUCUGCAAGGCCCCCCUCUCAUCAGCAGCAACAAAGUGGGAUCAAGCGUCCUCGAAUUUCUGCCCCCAUUGGUUCUGCAGCUGUCCUGAAUAGUGUCGGUGGUGCUAGUUCAACUGCUCACCACUACAAACAUCCUCAUUUCCAGUCAUCAGGUUUGUUGCCGGAGCAACGACCUUUUUUCCAUUCACCAGGUUUGUUGUUGGAACAACAACCUCAUUUUCAGUCAUCAGGUUUGUUGCCUGAUCAACAACCUCGUUUCCAGUCACCAGGUUUGUUGCUGGAACAUCGAAUUCCCUACAUUAACUUGCCAACCAUGUCAUAUGGCAUGAAGGCUCCAACCCCAACCAUCUUGCCUUAUACAGGCGCUGCAACUGGGCCUUAUGGUCUUGAUGAUGUCCCAAUGGGUUCCAGUGGUAACCUCGGUCAACGUGGUUCUCUUCCAAAUUCAUCAGAGCCACUUAUGCCGUCUGGUUAUCAUGAUAGUGUCUCUGCCUAUGGUGGUUAUGGUCAUCAGCGCUAUCAUCGAACAUCUUAUCCUCAGUAGUUCAAGAAAUUGCUUUUACUUUUGAAUACUAAACUCCUGGCUUGGUGGCUUUGGUAUUAGUUUUUCAUUGACUUUGCACUUCUGGCCUUUUAAUUAUAAAAACACAGCAUGCUUUGUUGAUCUCAAUGAUUAUAGGAAAGAAACUAGAUUCAGUAUCAAAGGAUUGGGAGGGAAUGCUUG